CCGCUGGGGGCGGGGCGGUGGAGAAGAGCCGGGGUAUAAACCCCCGCGCGGGGCAGGGCGCAGCGGCUUGGAGCGCUGGGCGCACGGGGGCGCAGCCGGCUCUGGCGACCCCCCGCGGCUCCCGCCCCCUUCCCGGACCAUGGCCCCCCAGGAGCUGCCACCCGAGUACCCGCCUGCGCCCCCGGUGCCCCCGCACCGGCCCCCGCCCGGCCGGGAGCUGCAGUGCGUCCUGCUGGGGGACGGCGCCGUGGGCAAGACCAGCCUGGCGGUGAGCUACAGCGCCAACGGGUACCCGGCCCGCUACGUGCCCACGGCGCUGGACCGCUUCUCGGCCGUGGUGCAGGUGGACAGCGCCCCCGUGAGGCUGCAUCUCUGUGACACGGCGGGGCAGGACGAGUUUGACACGCUGCGACGGCUUUGUUACCCCAAGGCGGACGUCUUCCUUCUCUGCUUCAGCGUGGUGGCCCCCACCUCCUUCCAGAACGUGGGGGAGAAGUGGGUGCCAGAGCUGUGCCGGCUCCGCCCCACUGCCCCCUUGCUGCUGGUGGGCACCCAGUGCGACCUGCGCCAGGACGUCCAGGUGCUCAUCCAGCUGGCCCAGCGCCGGGAAAAGCCGGUGGCUGAGCCGGUGGCCCGGGCGCUGGCCCAGAAAGUGGGGGCCGUGGGCUACGUGGAGUGCUCGGCGCUGACCCAGCAGAACCUCAAGGAGGUGUUCGACACGGCCAUCCUGGCGGGGCUGCGGCAUGCCGAGGCCCGGGGCCGGCGGGCGCGGAGCACGGCCGGCAAGGUGCGGGCGCUCUCCAAGGCCUGGUGGAAGAAGUACAUCUGUAUGCGGUAGCCAGUGCUCUCCCCCGGGCCACCCUCCCGCUGAGAAAAGACAACUCGAUCCAGGGGUGGAUUCAAGAGCCUCCGGGCUGCUGCUGAACUGGGUGUUUGCCUGCAGGAUGGAGACGGGCCCCAUGCCAUGUGGGUGGCUGUGCCGGGCUUGAGACGCCCCCAUCCUGCUCCAUGUGGAUCGUGCUCCUGGGCUGCUGAUCUGCAUGGCCCCCCCCAAUCCGGGGCAGCGUUCUGGCUCCACAAAGGCCCGCAGGGUCCGAAUUCAAAGCAGGGGCUGGUUCCCUGCUGUUGGGGGAGCCAGAAUCUCAUCCCUCAAGCUGCCCCCCUGCAGGACAGUCUGUCUUGGGGAGCCCUGGGGCUUUGACCCCUGCCUGGGCCAGGGGUGGGGGAGAAUCCCUCCUAGCACAGCCCCUUUUGCAGAGGAUUUUGGUUUGCACGUGGCAGGGAGUGAACUGCUGCAGGAGGGUCACCCCACUGGACUGGGGAGGCGCAGAACUAGCUCUCUCCCAACCACCCUGGUCCGGCCCCACAGCUGGGAUUAAAUCCUUCCCCCUUGCUGGGCACUUUGCGGAAGGGAACGGCCGGGGCAUGGGUGGUGCAAUGCACCGUGGCCGCCCUGCCCGUAUUGCAGGGGGGCUCAGUCGGGCCCUCCCUCCCCCCAGCGGCCUCUCAAGCCAGGACCCUGGCUCUGGCAGGGUCAGAGCCAGCUGCAGCCAUGGACCAGAGCUUCCUGCAUGUGCAACAGGCUGAGGGGCCCGUCUCUGGGGGGCUGCGCCCGCUCCGGGACCCUCCCCUGCCCGUUGCUAUCUUUGCACUAGUAUAAACACAUCCCUGGCCGAAAGGGGGUUUUCCCCAGGGUCACUUCCCACCCCAUGGCACGGGGCCCCCAAGAGAAAUCCCCCUUUCGCCCCCACCCAAGGCCUUAGCCCCUUCUGUGCCAGCCAUGCCCUUGGGUGUCUUGUGCCCUCCCACUGGGAGCAGGAUGGGGGGCUGUGGGCUGUAUGGGGGGACUGGUUUCAGGCAGCCGGCAAAGGGCAAAUAGGCUAUUUUAUCCCCUUCAGGGGGUGCAGGAACCUAGCUUCCCUGUGUGGAGGGGGGCUGAGAUCCAUUCCCCCCUGGCAGCAGCAUGGUCCCCCCCCAGUUGGCUGGGGGGGCAGGGGGUGUGCUGCUGAACUGCCCCUCGCCCCCAUAACUGCCCCUAGCUCUGCCCCAGGGCUGCUGGUUUCUGUUUCCAGUUGUGGGUGGGUGUCAGCUGCUGUUGUGAUAACCCUGGGCAAAGCCAGGGGUCGGUCUGUCCGUCCAUCCAUCUGUUCUUUCUUUUUUUAAAAUGUCUUGACCCAAUAAAGUUUCUUUCCCCCUUGCAAA